UUACGUUAUCUGUGGCAUAACAAAUCCGCGCUAUCGAGUUGAGGCGAUUAUUGCUGUUUUGUGGAAUUUUUUUGUUUAUUUCAACAAAUUUAGAUCCACAAAUAUCAACAUGGCAACCACGGCCAAGCCACGCUCGGAGAUGACUUUGGAAGAGUUAGCUAAGAUUGAGGAGGAAGAAUUCAGCACAGGGCCUCUGUCCGUGCUAACGCAGUCCGUGAAGAACAAUACUCAAGUUCUGAUCAACUGCAGAAACAACAAAAAGUUGCUGGGCCGUGUCAAGGCCUUCGACCGGCAUUGUAACAUGGUUCUUGAAAAUGUUAAGGAAAUGUGGACUGAAGUGCCGAGGACUGGUAAAGGAAAGAAGGGUAAAGCCGUCAACAAGGACAAGUUCAUUUCCAAGAUGUUCCUCCGUGGAGACUCUGUCAUCCUGGUCCUAAGGAAUCCUCUCGCCACCGCAGCGGGAAAGUAAACUAAGUUAAGGUACCGAAGUAAUCUAUUAUCAAAC